ACAUAUUAUUUAAAAUUAACCUGAGUGAUUCCUGCUUUUCGUUCUUGCGUACUACGGUCUAAACAUACGUCACCUAGUUUCUACUGAAGUUCGAAGUUAUAUUUAGAAUAUCUAAAAUAUGAGUUUUUAGACAAGUGAGAAGUUUGCAGGCCAAUAUCGGUGCAAGCUCGGUAAAAAAUUAGUUUCAGACUGAUUCCUGUGAACAAUGAACACAAAAACAAUGCGACGAAAGAAAUCAUCACUGUCUGAAGUGAAAGUAGCUGUGAUCGGUGCACCUGGUGUAGGAAAAACUGCUUUAUCAGUACGCUUCCUUACGAAGCGAUACAUUGGAGAAUACGAUCACCAAUCAGAAGGCAGAUAUAAGCAUGAAGUUCUGAUAGACAAUGAACCCAUUUUGUAUGAAAUACUAGAUACGUGUCCUAAGAGUGCAGCUGAUCUGCCAUCACUUGAGAUUGUACACUGGGCUGACGGUCUUCUGUUUGUGUAUUCUAUCACAAAUCGCGAAUCCUUUACCUACCUGAAACGUAUUGGAUCCUUGAUAUCAGACUCUGACAUUCCUAUAUAUAUCGUUGCGAAUAAGUGCGACAUGGUUCAUUUAAGAGAAGUUAGUACAGAAGAAGGUGCCAUAUUAGCUAGAGACUUUGAAUGUGGAUUUUCUGAAGUGACUGCCGCCGAACAAGUGGCGCCAGUUGCAGUUGUAUUUCAAGAAAUAUGCAGAGCAGUUUUAGCGGCUCGACGGAAAUCUAAACAUUCACUGCUCGAGCGAAUGUUAGGUUCGAGAAGCAGUAAUUUAAAACUUUACGUUAGAGGUAAAAGUGACAGUGCACUACCUAAAGAUUGAUAAAUCAGUCACAAUGUCACAAAGGUUAGUGUGAAAAGCAUUUCGAUCAAAGUGAGUGGAACAAAUUUUUUAUUUACAAAAUGGUUAUUGUUGCGUGUAUAGUUUUUCACCUAUGCUUUCUUUCUAGUUUUUACAACUAUAUUUUCAACUACGUUUUAUUGAAACGACAAACGAAACUGAGAGGUGAAAUUACAUAAAAUAAUUGUUCAUUAUUGACCCAAAUAAACAUAACAUUAACUGAUACCUUUUCAUUUAUUUUUCGUUUGAAAAUAACUACAAUAGCUAGAGUGGUUUCAAGAUCUCGUGGCGGACGAGAUGCGCGAUGCGGAGUCUAGUACAGGCGGUCGGUAGUGCUCGGUUAAAGCGAUCGGCUGCAACACGGUCCUAAAUACGUUGACCAUGUUCGCUAAACCCAAACGUUUAGGUAUUAGUACGCAUUUUUAUUAAUCAUGAUAAAUCGUUCGUUAUUUCAAAAAAUUGACAAUCUUCCCAACAUGUGGGAGUGUGAAUUGUCCUUUAAUUAGUUUUGCUAAUGUAAACUUGGUUCACGUUUCAUUAACCUUUUCAAGGUCACACAUUUAUAUUUUUAGCAGUGUGACUGUGACUUCUCUUUUUCUUCCCCUGGCUACGUAUGGUACAAGAAGACUUUUUGUAUCAUGUGUGUACGUAACCAUCAAGGGUCAAUUUGGUAACCAUGUCAGGCAUGUUUGGAACUGCCAAAUGAAGUCAUGUUUGGAAAAAAUAUUUUUUGGUGUUACCUACUUCACCAUAUUGUUCCUUCAAGUAAGAAAUCUCCAAUGUUAAAUAGAGUCAGAAAUCUUCUUUGUCUACCAGUUCAUCUGAGUUUAUUGUGGGCACUGCCCAAGCAUUGAUUUAUGAAGGUGAUAUUCUACGAAUAAUUCGCAUUGUGUUGCUAAUUUCUUGUAACUUUUAAAGUUAUAAAACAACAACAAACAAGUUAACCCGUGAUUGUGUUUCUAAUUUAACUCAACUGGAGUUUAAAAAAGUGAGAAUAUGAGUUUGGGAUUAGUUAUGGGUAGAGACCUAAUUUUAUGAAAUUUGCAUAUCCGUUAUUUUUUGCAUAUAAGUCUUGAUAUUUAAUAUGUGAACGAAUCAUGCUCAUUAAAAACGAAUAUAGCUCUAAAAAAAAUGCAUAUUUGCAUAUAUUUGCCUUGCUGCAUAUUUCACGUAAUGGGUGCAUAUUUUGCAUUUUUAUCAAUUUUUGUGCUAUUUAAAAAAAAAGUUUGUCAUUCUAUCGGCAUUUAUCUAGA